AUGUCUACAAAGUCUGUUUCGACUCUGAAGUUUGUGGGAUCGAUUUCCCUUGGCCUACUUACUGGCGUUUCUUAUACCCUUUCAUCUCUCACGAUUCCAGCCUUCCUAACCCUCCCCUCCGCCACUCUCGCAUCUCGUUCCUACAGCUCCCUGACUACUCUCGCCACAACACAUACUCGUGCGCUCACAUUCAUUUCAUCAUGGUCUUUCCUUCUCGCCUUUUAUUUCUCACCUCGAGGACAAAGACAUCCAUAUCUCCUCUGGACCUCACUCUUCGCCGCCUCAAGCUCAAUCGUUGAUAAACUCAUCCCACUUGCCAUAGGCUCCACAGGUCCAAGACGCAUUGCACAGAAGAAACGAUCAAAGAAACCUAUGAGCCCCAGACAAAUGGAUGCAAGUUACGAGGUGUUGAGCAAGAGCGCGAGGGAUUAUGAAAGUGCGGGGUUGGCGAGCAGUGAAGAGGAAAUGGAUGAUAAUGUCAAUGGUGAAGAAGUGAGAGAGGAGAUGGAGGGCUUCAUGGCCAGCCAAGUCGUCAGGACUGUCGUUGCCGGCUUGGGCUUUGCGAUGAGUGUUGUGGGUAUUUGGGGAGAUGGAGGGUUCACUGAGGUCGUUUUAGUGGAUGUUGUGUAA